AUGCUUCGGACCUACAUCAAAUCUGACGAACGCGAGUGGGAGCGUUUGCUUCCGGCCUUGGAACCUGCCUACAACACAAUAAGCCAUUCUUCCACUGAGCUCUCUCCCUUCGAGGUCAUGAUUGGCGAGAACCCGUUGACUGCUGCGGACCUUGAUAUUGUAGACGCAGCACAGAGCCACAUUCUGAAGGCGAAAUGGCAGCAAAAGUACUACGCAGACACAAAGCGUCGAGCAGUGGAGUAUGCAGUGGGAGACAAGUUCUGGCUCAGUAGCAAGCACUUACCGCCUUUUAACUGCUGCCCUAAGUUCGAGACACGCUACGGCGGACCGUUCGAAGUCAUCGAACGCAUAGGAACUGUCGCUGACCGUCUCGCUCUGCCUCCCACCUAUGAAUGCCAUAACGUUUUCCACGUUUCGCAGCUAGUUCCCCACCGCCCCCGCCCUCCCGCUUUGGCUCCCUCGGCAGCCGACGCCGCCUGGCCUCCUAUCCACGAUGCAGCAGGCAAUCCCACAGCGGAAUACGAAGUCGACUAUAUUAUGGACAAACGCGGCUUUGGAGAUGCAGCCCAGUACCUUGUGAAGUGGCGCGGGGCCCAUGAAGAUCACGCCACAUGGGAGCCAGCUCAUCACCUUACUGGCUGUCCAGCUUUGCUUCGCGCUUGGUGCCGCCGCCAACGAAGACGUCUUCAAAUUCGAAACAACUUGGGUCCUUCCGAAGCGUAG